AUGUUGGGAUCAAUCAAGCCACACGAAGUCGAUGCUGAAGUCAUCGCCGCUGUCAACGCCGUCAGAGCUGACUCAAAGUUGGCCGCCAUCCAAGGUUCAUUCGUUCCAGUCCAAGCUGGUAGCCAAGUUGUUGCUGGUACCAACUACUUUGUCAAGGUUGAGGUUAAUGGUGGAUUCGUUCAUCUUCGUAUUUUCAAGGCUUUGAACGGUGAAUACUCACUCCACUCCAUCCAAGAAGGAAAGACCCUCGAAGAACCAAUCACCUACUUCUAA